AUCAGAUAUCAGAGAUUGGGUGGAAUCUGAAAAUGGAUGUGAAGAAGAGUUUGAGGGAAGUAGCUCCAUUUGCAGGGGUGAUGAUGGUGGAGAGCUUAGACGUGGGGCUAACCACACUUAGCAAAGCAGCCAUGUCUAGAGGGAUGAGUCACUAUGUGUUCGUCUUCUACUCCAACGCCAUUGCCACUCUCAUCCUCUUCCCUGCCUCCUUCCUCCUCUUUCCCCUGUCAAAUAGGCCUCCUCUCACGUUCUCUCUACUCUGUAGAUUCUUCCUUUUGGGACUCGUUGGGAUAACUCUGAUGCAGACCUGUGGUUCCACUGGCAUAAACUUCAGUUCCCCUACACUUGGCUCUGCUAUGAUCAACCUGGUCCCUGCUUUCACCUUCAUUCUUGCUGUUAUUUUCAGAGUGGAGAAGGUGGAUUUGAGGAGCUCAGGCAACCAACUCAGAAUCUUGGGCUCACUAGUAUCAAUCUCAGGGGCACUUACAGUUACACUCUACAAGGGCCCUUCCAUUGGAACAACACCAUCAUCAUCCCAUUCCUCUCAAAUUCCUACUUCCUCAAAUUCUAAUGCCUUGACAGGGAGCAAUUGGAUUCUUGGAGGUCUGUUCUUAUCAGCUGCAUCUCUAUCUCUCUCCAUAUGGAACACUCUUCAGGCAGCAACUCUUAAGAGGUACCCAACAGAGAUGAUCAUCGUCUCCUUCAGUAGCUUGUUUGGAAGUGUUCAAUGUGCACUAAUUGCUUUGAUCUUUGAAAGAAACCCAACUGCUUGGACUCUAAAACCUGAUUUGGAGCUCCUAUCCAUUUUCUACUCAGCUGUGAUAGGAAGUGUGGUGACUCCUUGUGUGAUGACUUGGUGCAUACAUGAGAAGGGGCCUGUGUUCGUGGCAAUGUUCAAGCCCUUGGGGAUUGGCAUCGCAGCAUUGAUGGGUGCCAUGUUCCUUGGUGACACACUCCAUCUCGGAAGCAUUGUUGGAGCAAUAAUAAUUGUUGUGGGUUUUUAUGGUGCGAUGUGGGGACAAUUAAAGGAAGAAAGAAGGAUUAAAGAAGAAAAAGAUGGUGUUGAGAGCUUGGCAGUGCCCAUUGAGAAGUCCCCUCUCUUACAAAACUACAUAUAAGUAUUAAGUGUGUAACCUAAUAC